AUCUCUUUCAAGGUUUCUGCUGGGUUUCUGAACUGCUGGGUUUCUGCUUGCUCCUCUAGAGAUGCAGCGUCUGUUGACUCCAGUGAAGCGCAUUCUGCAACUGACAAGAGUGAUGCAGGAAACCUCCCUCACACCUGCUCGCCUGCUCCCAGUAGCCCACCAAAGGUUUUCUACAGCCUCUGCUAUCCCCCUGGCCAAAACAGAUACUUGGCCAAAGGACGUGGGCAUCCUGGCCCUGGAGGUCUACUUCCCAGCCCAAUAUGUGGACCAAACUGACCUGGAGAAGUAUAACAAUGUGGAAGCAGGAAAGUAUACAGUGGGCUUGGGCCAGACCCGUAUGGGCUUCUGCUCAGUCCAAGAGGACAUCAACUCCCUGUGCCUGACAGUGGUGCAACGGCUGAUGGAGCGCAUACAGCUCCCAUGGGACUCUGUGGGCAGGCUGGAAGUAGGCACUGAGACCAUCAUUGACAAGUCCAAAGCUGUCAAAACAGUGCUCAUGGAACUCUUCCAGGAUUCAGGCAAUACUGAUAUUGAGGGCAUAGAUACCACCAAUGCCUGCUACGGUGGUACUGCCUCCCUCUUCAAUGCUGCCAACUGGAUGGAGUCCAGUUCCUGGGAUGGUCGUUAUGCCAUGGUGGUCUGUGGAGACAUUGCCGUCUAUCCCAGUGGUAAUGCUCGUCCCACAGGUGGGGCCGGAGCUGUGGCUAUGCUGAUUGGGCCCAAGGCCCCUCUGGCCCUGGAGCGAGGGCUGAGGGGAACCCAUAUGGAGAAUGCAUAUGACUUCUACAAACCAAAUUUGGCCUCGGAGUACCCAAUAGUGGAUGGGAAGCUUUCCAUCCAGUGCUACUUGCGGGCCUUGGAUCGAUGUUACACAUCAUACCGUAAAAAAAUCCAGAAUCAGUGGAAGCAAGCUGGCAGCGAUCGACCCUUCACCCUUGACGAUUUACAGUACAUGAUCUUUCAUACACCCUUUUGCAAGAUGGUCCAGAAGUCUCUGGCUCGCCUGAUGUUCAAUGACUUCCUGUCAGCCAGCAGUGACACACAAAUCAGCUUAUAUAAGGGGCUGGAGGCUUUCGGGGGGCUAAAGCUGGAAGACACUUACACCAACAAGGACCUGGAUAAAGCACUUCUAAAGGCCUCUCAGGACAUGUUUGACAAGAAAACCAAGGCCUCCCUUUACCUCUCCACGCACAAUGGGAACAUGUACACCUCAUCCCUGUAUGGGUGCCUGGCCUCGCUUCUGUCCCACCACUCUGCCCAAGAACUGGCUGGCUCCAGGAUUGGUGCGUUCUCUUAUGGCUCUGGUUUAGCAGCAAGUUUCUUUUCAUUUCGAGUAUCCCAGGAUGCUUCUCCAGGCUCUCCCCUGGACAAGUUGGUGUCCAGUACAUCAGACCUGCCAAAACGCCUAGCCUCCAGAAAGUGUGUGUCUCCUGAGGAGUUCACAGAAAUAAUGAACCAAAGAGAGCAAUUCUACCAUAAGGUGAAUUUCUCCCCACCUGGCGACACAAACAGCCUUUUCCCAGGUACUUGGUACCUGGAGCGAGUGGACGAGCAGCAUCGCCGAAAGUAUGCCCGGCGUCCUGUCUAAAGGUGUUCUACAGAUCCAUGGAAAGCUUCCUGGGAAACGUAUGCUAGCAGAGCUUCUCCCUGUGAAUCAUAUUUUUAAGAUCCCACUCUUAGCUGGUAAAUGAAUUUGAAUUGACAUAGUAGCCCCAUAAGCAUCAGCCCUGUAGAGUGAGGAGCCAUCCCUAGCGGGCCCUUCAUUCCUCUCCAUGCUGCAAUCACUGUCCUCGGCUUAUGGUGCUAUGGGCUACGGGUCCUUUGUGAAAGAGCAAGAUGGAGCAAUGGAGAGAAGACCUCUUCUUGAAUCACUGGCCUCCAGAAAUGUGCAUGCAGAUCAGCUGUUGCCUUCAAGAUCCAGAUAAACUUUCCUGUCAUGUGUUAGAACUUUAUUAUUAUUAAUAUUGUUAAACUUCUGUGCUAUUCCUGUGAAUCUCCAAAUUUUGUACCUUGUUCUAAGCUAAUAUAUGGCAAUUAAAAAGAGAGAAAGAGGAAAUGAUUCCUGUGUUUCUUGGAACCCAGAAUACAAACCCAGCUAACAUGCAGCAAGCCUACUAGACCUCGUGGGUCAGAGGGCUGGGUCCUCACCCCACAGGCUGCCUCUGUCCCCUUGCAAUUCCAUUCUAUUUCUGCCACAUGCCAAGUGCUGUGAACAGGUACAAGGCAAAUAAGAACGGUAGAACACAGCUUCCCCCAGCCCACUUCCCUGAUCUAAACACACCACAUAGACAGAGAGCAGCAGACAGAGGCCAGCAGGAGCUGUAGUUCAGAUCUUCUUGGUCAUUCCUUGCCGCUGUUAUUUGAACGAAUAAACACAGGGCAAAGGUUAACAAGUUUUUGCCUUCUAUAGCCAAAAAUAAAUAAAUAAAUAAAUUUUGA